AGCAGUCGAAGUGGUCAAAGAACAGUGUAGUUGUAUGUACUUUUGUGUCAAUUUUUAAUUAGUAAUCUUGUAGGACUCGCUCAAUUACUUUGUAACACUUACAAAAUGUUGAUUAAAGUGAAGACUCUCACGGGAAAGGAGAUUGAAAUAGAUAUAGAGCCUACGGAUAAAGUGGAAAGGAUCAAGGAAAGGGUAGAGGAGAAGGAAGGCAUACCGCCACAACAACAACGAUUAAUAUUUUCUGGAAAGCAAAUGAGCGAUGAAAAAACGGCGCAAGAUUAUAAAGUUCAAGGUGGAUCGGUGUUGCAUUUGGUACUCGCAUUAAGGGGAGGCUUAUAAUAAACGACAUUCCUCGAUUUAAAAACGUGUGGGCGUGGAUAUUAAGAAAUGGUACAAGAUCAGCCACGAAAAUAUUCAGCUAUUUUCCAACGUUACAUACGCGCUGUGCUUGCAAGGACUCGCGAUCGUCUUUGUUUCUCAAUGUGAUUGAUGAACGGUUACAUCUAGACUUGAAAUAAAUAUUUAAUAAAAUAAUAAUUUAUCCGUAA